AUGGUGUCCAUCGCCGACUCCAGCGACUUGACGGAGUCCGGCCUCGACUGCGCUCACUCGGACUUGUCUUCCGCCGCGGCGCGUCACGGCGGCGCGCUGAUCCACAGCGGCGGCGGCGGCGGCGAGGUCUUCAAGGACUGUCAUCUGUUUGACGGCGCCGCCAAACCCCAGUUCGAGUGUGGCGACGUCGCGUGGCCGCUGCUGUCCGAACCCGCCGCGUUCAAGUUCGUCAAGGACGAGAAGGAAGCGGCGGUGCCGACGCUGGACCGCAGGCUCGGCGAGGGCGGCUUCGCCGGACCGGACGGUUCCGUGAACUUGGACUCCGGGGCUUCUGCGGUGGCCACCUUUGACCCCAGCGCGACCCCGCCGGCGGUGUACAGGAGCUGGCACGUGACGCCCACCGAGCCCCAGUACUGGUGCCAGUCCGCCGGCGGCACCGAGGAGCCGUUCUCCUGCUCCUACCCGAGCGUGACCCAGAGGAGUCCUGCCUUCCCUCCCUACCCGGGGGCGCCGCCUCAGAGAGCGUGUGUGAUCUGCGGCGACGAGGCGUCGGGCUGUCACUACGGCGUGCUGACCUGCGGCAGCUGCAAGGUCUUCUUCAAGCGAGCGGUGGAAGGACAUCACAGCUAUCUCUGCGCCGGACGCAACGACUGCAUCGUGGACAAGAUCCGCAGGAAGAACUGCCCGGCGUGUCGCCUGCGGAAGUGCUACCAGGCCGGGAUGAUGCUGGGAGGCAGGAAGCUGAAGCGGCUCGGGGCCCUGAAGGCCCUGGGUUUGGCCCCGCCCCUGGCGUUCCAGUCCCACCUGGCCACGUCCAGCGAGGCUCAGGCCUACGGCGGCGCCACCUGCAUCCGGGAGCUGCACUUCUCUCAGCAGAUCAUCACCAUUCUGGCCAACAUCGAGCCGGAGGUGGUCUCCUCGGGCUACGACAGCAGUCAGGUGCAGGCCCCUCAUCUGCUGCUCAACAGCCUCAACCGCCUCUGUGAGAAGCAGCUGGUGUGGAUCGUCAAGUGGGCCAAGUCCCUGCCGGGCUUUCGGAGCCUCCACAUCGAGGACCAGAUGACCCUGAUCCAGUACUCCUGGAUGAACCUGAUGGUCUUCUCUCUGGGCUGGCGCUCCUUCCAGAACGUCUCCAGCGAAUUCCUCUACUUCGCCCCGGACAUGAUCCUGAGCCAGGAGCAGAUGAGGAGGUCUCCCAUCUACGACCUGUGCUUGGCCAUGCAGUUCAUCCCUCAGGAGUUCUCCAGCCUGCAGGUGACCACGGAGGAGUUCCUCUGCAUGAAAGCCAUCAUCCUGCUCAACACAGUGCCGCUGGAGGGCCUGAAGAGUCAGGGCGCCUUCGAGGAGAUGAGGCAGAACUACAUCCAGGCGCUGACCCGGGCCGUCCACAUGCAGGAGAGGGGCGUGGUGGCCAGCUCGCAGAGGUUCUUCCGCCUGACCAAACUGAUGGACGCCAUCCACGAGAUCGUGAAGAAGGUCAACCUCUUCUGUCUGACCACCUUCAUCCAGGCCGAGGCCAUGAAGGUGGAGUUCCCGGAGAUGAUGACGGAGGUCAUCGCGUCGCAGCUGCCCAAGGUGCUGGCCGGCAUGGUGAAGCCCCUCCUCUUCCACUCCCCGAAGUGACGCGGGCCAGAGGCAGCCGCCGCCGCCGCUAGCUCAGCCGCCGCUUCACUGCUCCCCCAGCGCACCAGUUUACGUGGAGGGCAAUGCUCCGACCUUCAGCUGACCUUCGAAGAUUGGGUUCACUAUCAGACGCUCGUGCAAGCUAGCUUGAGAUGCUAGCUCGUGCUAGCUUGAGGUGUGACGGAAGGAGGCAGAGAUGACUUGUGAUUCCAGCUUGGUUUUGUGGCGGCUCGCACCUUGGAUUCUCCAGUCACAUGGGCCUGGUCCAGAUGCCUGAGAGUACCGCCGAUGUUAACCCUGCCUCAUCUGAGGACCAGCUGGUGCUGGACUGCAGACCAGGAAGUGCAGCGAGAGUCGGGGUGUUGCUGUCCGUGUGAGGUCGGAGGUCAGAUGCCUGUAGGUCCCUGGGUUCCAGACAGUUCCUUUAACCCUGCAACUUCUUCAUCCUCAUCUCCAUGAAGGAGGGCAGCCGCUUCCCUUUGAUCUUUUCAUCUGUAAACACGCGGGUCAGAAGGUCUGACCCGGACGCCAGACUCCACUGGCUGCUGUGCAAUAAAGA